GCAAAUGUUUGGUCACAUGACAAAAAGAUGUCUGCGCCCAGUUUUUCAUUAUUAUUUUUUGCAAUUUUUGUCUUUUAUCCGUUUGGUUGUUCAUCGCAGACUGGAUUAUUACCUGUAGUGAUAAACACUUGGCCUUUUACAAAUGCCACAGCAGCUGCUUGGAACACACUUGUUAAUAAGAAGGGGUCUAUUUAUGAUGCUUUGGUAGAUGGAUGUUCAGUGUGUGAGAUAGAACGCUGUGAUGGAUCAGUGGGUCCAGGAGGAAGUCCUGAUGAGAACGGAGAAACUACUCUUGAUGCUAUGGUCAUGAAUGGGCAGACAUUUGAUGUAGGAGCAGUAGGUUGUUUAAGACGUAUACCAACAGCCAUAGCAGUAGCCAGAGCUGUGAUGGACUAUACAGAACAGACGUUACUGGUAGGAGAAUUAGCAACACAAUUUGCUGUAGAGAUGGGUUUUAAAGAAAUGAACCUGUCUUCAGAUAGUUCUAUUACCAUGUGGAAAGAUUGGAAGUCAAGGAACUGUCAACCCAACUACAGAACUAAUGUUACUCCAGAUCCAACAAAAAAUUGUGGUCCAUACAAACCAAAGUCAGUAUUAGAAAGUUUACAGCAAACUGGAAACAGAGGAAACAAAAACAUUGGUCCAAGAAAUCACGAUACAAUUGGUAUGGUUGUGAUAGAUGAACAUGGUAAUAUCACUGCUGGUACAACUACUAAUGGACUCAACCAUAAGAUACCUGGAAGAGUUGGUGAUUCCCCUAUAAUGGGAGCAGGUGCAUAUGCCAUGAAUGGUGUAGGUGGAGCUGUUGCUACUGGAGAUGGGGAUGUUAUGAUGAGAUUUUUACCAUCAUUCUUAGCAGUAAGUCAGAUGGCAGCUGGUGUACCUCCAGGAAUAAUCACUAAGCUUACAAUCCAGAAUAUAGCUAAAUAUUAUCCAAAGUUCUCUGGAGCUUUAAUAGCUGUAGACAAUAAAGGCACAUAUGGUGCAGCUUGUUACGGUUUUCCAGUAUUCCAUUAUUCUGUGAUAAAUCCUGUUUUAAAAACUGUCACUAUAAAAAGUGUAGAGUGUCUUGUAUAAAACCAGUUAUCUUGAGAUUAAUAUUAUAUAUUUUUAUACAA